AUGUCUCGUGAGGAAAGUGAAUUUAAAAAAUAUGCUUCAGAGUAUGAUCCUAUUAAAAUAGGAUCAAUUGAUGGUACCGACACUGAGCCUCAUGAUCGUGCAAUUGUUCGAGCAUUAUGUUCAGAAUAUAUUCCUAACAAGCAAGUGAAAGGUGAUCCCAACCACACUGUGUUCAUUGGUCGACUAAAUCCUAGAACUACACAGGAAACUAUUCAAUCGGAAUUUUUAAAAUUUGGUAAGAUUUUACAUUGUCGAUUAGUCAAAGACAUUGUGACUGGAAAAUCGAAACAGUAUGCAUUUAUAGAAUACGACAGCAUAAGCUCUGUUGAAAAGGUUUUAAGAGAGAUGCAUAAGGAAUACAUUGAUGGCUCAGAAAUUAUUGUAGAAAGAGAAGCAGAAAGGAGACUGCAAGGAUGGCGUCCACGGAGGCUCGGUGGAGGUUUUGGUGGAUGCAAGGAAUCAGGACAGUUGAGAUUUGGUUGUCGGGAGAGGCCUUUUCGUAAGCCUAUUAUUGUCCUACAAAAACAUGAUGAUCUUGCUCCUGUCAAAAGGUGGGCUAUGUUACAUUGGUUAUAUCCUUGA